AUGGUGGAAGGUCAAAUCUUCCUUUUUCCUGCAGCUUUUUUCUCAACACAAUGGGUGCAGAUUUCUGAGGGCCUCGGACAGGUUGCACAGUCACAGGAUGCUGCUUCACUGCGCUCCAGUCUCCAAGCAAUCUCGUCAGAUGCAAAUUUCCAUGCAACAAGGGCUGGAAAGCCUGACUUUGAAGCGGUGCUGGAUUACAUCCCAGAGUCAUCAGACUUUUUUGCCAGAAUCCUUCCAAAGAUUGUGGGACUGGCAGAAGAAGCGGCCACAAAAUUCCGUUGCAAGGAUGUGCCUUUGUUGAUCCAGGGCUUGCCAUCUGUUGUUUUUCUGACAUACUCAGAGGUGGCGACAUUGCUGGCACUUGCCUUCCUUGGUUUGCUUCCCAACGGCGCCAGCAUAAGCCCACUAUAUUUUCCAAAAGAUGGCUGCGCAUUUCCUCCCAACACCGAAAAGCUCCGCUGCUUUUUGAACUACUUUGACCAAUUUGACAUCAGUGAAGCAGACAGUGCCGACCCAGGCGACCAAGGCAUGCGAAUCACUCGAAUCGUUCGAUCCGACCCAGGCUUCACUUUGGAGGAUCUGGAGCGCAGUCCUUGCUUUUUGUGCAAGGUGCUGCUUCGCGAUUUGCGGCAAGGCAUCUGCGGAUCUCCAGCUCCGUUGCACGUGGAUUUUGCCAAUGCCAGGGUUGGAGGUGGCAUUUUCCUUAACGCACCUGGCGCCACGGCGCAGGAGGAAAUCACCUUUGCAACUCAUCCGGAGCUGUGCGCAGCCACAGUGCUGUGCGAGGUGCUGCGAGAUGAUGAAGCACUGCUGAUCCAGGGUGCGCGGCACUUCUGUCGACAUAAUGGAUUUCUGGAUACUUUUUCUUUUCUAGAAGGUGUGAAGAGAAGUGACCCGGACUUUUUGAAUGAUGCGGUUCAAGUGGUAAUAGAUGCUCGGAUCUAUGACAGCGGUGGAAUGGGAAGACCAUACAGGUAUGACCACAAGCUUCAAGUGGAAGAUGCCCAACGCGACCUGCAGAAAGCCUUCAUCGGCUUCCAGGGGGCCUUGCAGGUCUAUCCGGCGUCCCGCAGCUGUGCCACGGGGAAUUGGGGCUGUGGAGCCUUUGGCGGUUCGGCUGCGGUGAAAGUCUUCAUCCAAUGGAUGGCGGCGAGCCUGGCUGGUCUGGAGAGCUUGGAGUACUUCCCCUGGGAUGAUGGGGUCAUCCAUCAGUUUUUGUCGGAUUCAGCAGACGUCUUCUCAGAAGCUACGGUGGGACAGCUGUGUCAAGCUCUGCGGCGAGCAGCUCAACUUCAGAUGGAAUUGGACAGAGACGUGAAGCGUUACGAAGAUGAUGGUGCCGAGUUCCUCCGUGGCGGUUUGGCUGCCCUGUUGUAUACCACUGUCACCUCCAGAGGAGCCGUGGUGUUUCCACACGAGAUCGCCAAUGGCAUGCUAGGUGCCUUAGUUGCCAUCACUGCCACCUGCGCUUCGGUUCAUACCUACGCAGCCCUAAUCAUCGGCUUCAUCGGAUCCCUCGCGGCUCUGGCGUCCAACGAGCUGAUCCUCCGCUGCCAUUUGGACGACCCCGUGGGCGCCGUGGGCGUCCAUGGGGCCUCAGCGCUUUGGGGCCUGGCCGCGGUGGGGCUUUUUGCGGAUGGCGAGCUGCCGGGGAUUCAGGUGGCCAAUGGGCUCUUCUGCGGCGGCUCUGCGCGCUUGCUGGGGGUGCAGAUGCUGUUGGCAGUUUCGAUUAUUGGUUGGUCGCUGGUCACCAUGCUGCCUUUUUUCUACCUGCUGGGCAUGGCCUUCAGUCGCCGUUGCGACUUCCGCUCGGUCCGUGCGGGGCUCCGCGUGGAUCCUCGGGACGAAGUGCUGGGCUUGGACCACGUGAUGCAUUCAACAGAUCCUCGGAGCCGGAAACCCACGGUGAUCCAGAUGGAGUUGGAGGAUUCCGAAAGCAGCUGCAAAUUGGGCCUCUAAGGCACAACAUGAAAUGGCUUUGUCUGAAAAUGGGGCGAAAGAGCAGUUUUCAUAGGGAAGACUAAUAUACAGUAAAUUUUAACCAAUUGUAUUUUGAAGAUGUUUGAAAUUGGUGAUGUUUCGAAG